UUUAUUCCCCCCUGCAGGCAGGGAACAUGGCAGCUAAGGUCAGAGAACGGCCACAUGAGAGCCCUAAAAAUAUCCUCUGCAUUAGAUUUCUGUCACAGAGCGGUUACGCAAUCUGUACCCUGACUCCAGCCCACCAGGAACUGCAGCACAACGCCAUGACCAAACCAAAUCCACCAAUCAGAACAUGGAGGGCUUCAAUGUUUCGGUCAUAAAUCAUAUGUGAGAAGAAGCAGGUGUGAGGAAAGCGGCUUCCCGCGAGUCAGAGAUGCAUGCUGCAAAGGCAGCGCAGGCUUCCAGCGCAGUGGAUGAAUAUGUCACACCUGGGGGCUAUGAGCUGGAGAAAAUCCUCAACCGUGGGAGUGUGGCUUACACUCAUGUCAAUGAGGUCUGGCCUAAUGUCUACAUUGGGGACGAGCAGACUGCAAAGGACAAAUAUCAACUCAAGAGAUUGGGGAUUACACACAUUUUGAACGCAGCAGAAGGGACGUGGAACAACGUGGAUACUGGAGCUGGUUACUACAGCGACAUGGACAUCGUCUACUAUGGCGUGGUGGCAGAGGACGUCCCAACUUUUGACCUUAGCCAGUAUUUCUUCUCUGCUGCUCGGUUCAUUGAGAAAACUCUCACAAAUCCUCAGAAUAAACUGCUGGUGCACUGUGUGAUGGGAAGGAGCCGCUCAGCCACGCUGUUCCUGGCCUACCUCAUGAUCUGCGAGAACAUGACGGUGGUCGACGCCAUCGAGCAUGUGAAGAAACGCAGGCGGAUCAUACCGAACUGGGGCUUCCUGAAGCAGCUGAGGGAGCUCGACAUGCAUCUCCUGGAGGAAAGGAAGUACUGACCAUGAUCUCCUUUUUUUGUGCAGUAUCAGGCCAAAAUGUUAAGAAAAUUUAAAUCUCAGACUCCUGACCAGUGAAACUAUUUGACCUGAAUACUUGCCCUUGGUCUCUUUUGAGGGUAAUCAGGUUGAUGCGUUUCAGACAAACAGCUGUUUGAAAAAUAAUGCCUUGUUUUUCUUCUGUACAACUUAAUGCAAGAUCAUCCUGGAGCUCCAGAUCAGGGACCUCAAUGACUCAAGACCUCGAGGCUCAGCUACAACUCAG